CAUAUAAUCCCCUUCCCCUUCCUUACCCCAUAGCUGUCUUGUCAUUAUUAUAUUGCUGCUUAGCUUAGCUUCCUUUCUAGUCUUAUUACUCGCUGCCUGCCUGCCUGCCUCUGUCCUAUGCUCUUAAUUGAUUCAAUUCCAAUCCCAAUUCCCAAUUCCCAACAAACAAACAUUCUCAAAAUCAACUAACGAUAUGGAUUUGCCUCCGGGUUUCCGAUUCCACCCCACCGACGAAGAGCUCAUCACUUACUACUUGACCCCAAAGGUUCUUGAUACCCGCUUUUCUGCCGCGCCGGCCAUUGCUGAGGUGGAUUUCAACAGCGUUGAACCAUGGGAUUUGCCUUGGAAGGCGAAAAUGGGUGAAAAAGAAUGGUAUUUCUUCUGCGUGAGAGAUAGGAAGUAUCCGACGGGGAUGAGGACCAACAGAGCCACUGGUGCAGGGUACUGGAAAGCCACUGGAAAGGAUAAGGAGAUUUUCAAGGCCAAAACCCUUGUUGGGAUGAAGAAGACUCUGGUUUUCUACAAAGGGAGAGCACCCAGAGGUGAGAAGACUGGCUGGGUAAUGCAUGAAUACUACAGAUUAGAGGCCAUGCACAAUCUUCCUAAAUCUGCUAAGAACGAAUGGGUGAUCUGUAGAGUGUUUAAGAAGAGCUCCGGGGGAAACAGAAUUCCUAUUUCGGGUCUGAUCAGAGGUGAAAAUGGCGGCAAGAUGCCUCCAUUAAUGGAGAUAUCAGAAAGUUCUUCACAUGUGCCCUGCUUCUCCAACUCGGUGGAGGAUCAAAAGCCCCGAAACAGCGAAUCCUCCGGAACCCUUUCCAAUCAUCGUCCGCUCAUCAUGCCGGCCGAACUGGACGUGGAUUCCGGGAUGAUGAUGAUGCAAGAUCAUUCAAUUCUGAAGCUUUUGUUGGGGAACAAUCAAGACAGUGAAGCGCCCGGGGCGGUGGACCUGGACUGUCUCUGGAAUUAUCAUUAUUGAGUUUCAGAUAACAACCAUUACGUACAGAAUAGUGCAAUUUGGGGAUGGCGAGGGAAACUGCAAUUACUAUCCAGAUGGUGUUUAUUGUGUAAAUUUUGUCUUGUAACCUUAACCCGUAAAAGAAUAUAAGUAGUACUGUCAAAAUGGGUCGGCCCAUCCUAUUAUGCCCAUCCCAUUGCGGGCCUAAUUUCUGGUAGACUUUUGAUGGUCUAAAGUAAACCAGUCUAGAUUGCACAUAAUUGAUUCGGUUCAAACCAACAGGAGCGAGAUCCGACCUCUCAUAAUCUUGUAAUUAUAAAUUUGUAUUCUUUGUAAUUUUGGCUUGGAUUACUCCAAUGUGAUUUAGGGACAUGGGAAGAUCAAGUGCUAGUGUAGUCUAGUACUAGUGUGAUAAUUCUUGGUUUUAAUUUGUAUACUUUUUUUUUUUCUCACACACUGAUAUGAAACUAAGCUAAUUGGUUUUGUAAAUACCAAUCAACUGUAGUCGAAGUUGUCUUUGUCAGUCAAAUAUGUGGGUGGGUGUGCACGUAUUGUAAGAUAUCUAUCUUUUUCAACUUUCAGUUGAGUUUGAUUAGUUUUCAAAUCUUUGUUU